CGGCGCAGGCGCGACCGAACCGGCUUUUGCUCUGCUCGCGCUCCUGCUCCCGCUCAGCUGAGACCGCAGGCGGAGAGGAAUCCAAGAUGCCAAGCUAUGACCGUUCCUGUGGAUGUAGCCGGGGCCCCAACGUGGAAGAUGGCAAGUGGUAUGGGGUCCGUUCCUAUUUGCACCUCUUCUAUGAGGACUGUGCAGGUACCGCCCUCAGCGAUGACCCUGAGGGGCCUCCUGUUCUGUGUCCCCGUCGACCCUGGCCUUCACUGUGCUGGAAGAUCAGCCUGUCCUCGGGGACCCUGCUUCUGCUGCUGGGUGUGGCAGCGCUGACCACAGGCUAUGCGGUGCCCCCGAAGCUGGAGGGUAUUGGAGAGGGCGAGUUCCUGGUGCUGGAUCAGCGGGCAGCCGACUACAACCAGGCUCUAGGCACGUGCCGCCUGGCAGGCACAGCGCUCUGCGUGGCGGCCGGCAUCCUGCUGGCCAUCUGCCUGUUCUGGGCCAUGACCGGCUGGCUGAGCCAGGACAGCAAGGCAGAACCCCUGGACACGGAAGCUGACAGCCACGUGGAGGUCUUCGGGGACGAGUCAGAGCAGCAGCUGUCUCCCAUCUUCCGCGAUGUCGGUGGCCAGGCUUGGUUCUCGCCGCCUGCCAGCCCCUUUGGGAAAUCCUCUGUGCAGACCAUCCAGCCCAAGUGGGACUCCUGAGCUGCCCACACGGCCAAAGGAGGCACCAGGCCCAGGGUCUGGACCCUUCCUCCUCCCACCACACCACACCCUCCCAUUGUCUCCUUAACUUCUCCCUGUCAGCAGGGACCCUCCUUUCUACGCUGCCAGAAGGCUCAACUCCAGGUCAGAAAGCCUGGAGCUCACAUCCUCAUGCCCAUUCCCAGGGGAUAGGGCCCCAGCCCAUUCUAGAUGCCAAUCUUCCCCAAGUCCACUCAAAACUUCCCAGCCACCCCUCCUUCCCCAGUCCCUUCAGGGGCAAGAAGCGUCUCCCCCAACCUGUCCUUACGCCUCUCUGUCUGGGACCUUGGCCAAAACCCCUACCCUUUCAAACCACAUUCCUGCCUCUGUGUUAUAAGGGGUUUGGACCAGAUUCUCAAGUUCCAUGACUUUCCUAUCCUCCCUUAAUGUAAGUGUUACCCUCUAUAGGCAAAAAUGGGUGGGGUGGCAGGGUCAUUCUCCUCCCUCGACCCCCACCCUCUGUCAGCUGCACCAGGAUGCCUCAGAACGGGUCAAAGAUGCUCACUGGGCUUCCUGUCCAGGAUGGUGCAAAACCAUUUAGCCCCUAGAGUAUGUUUUCUUCAUGCAGUUUGGCAUCCGGGCCCCUCUGUCCACCCCAUCUUGGGCUAGCACUAGCCCCAGUGCACAGAUGAGGCGGCUGGCCAAGGCUGGCAGUCUGCAGGAACAGCGACUCACAUCUGCUGACUCUCCCAGGCCAGCUCUUCUUUAAAAACAAUUUUUUUUUAAUUUUUAUUUAUUGAUUUUAGAGAGAGAGAAAAGGAGAGAGAAUCACUGAUUUGCUGUUCCACUUAUUUAUGCACUCAUUGGUUGAUUCUUGUAUGUGCCCUGAUCACAGACGGAACCCACAACUUUGGCGUAUUGGAACGAGGCUCUAACGGUCCAACCAUCCGAGCUGCCCUCCCAGGGCUGGGCCAGCUCUUGUUCUACAGCUGAAGCAGGGCCCUGCACCUUCCUGGCUUUCACGGGACCCGCAGGGGCUGGGGCCAGGCUUGGCCCAGGGAAACUAGCUGGAAGCCUGAUGAUCCCAAGUGGCUCAGAAAAUACUUUGAGCAUGUACUUAAAUGGUCUCUAUGAGCUAGGAAAGCAGACCUAGGAUGGCUUUGUCCCUCCAAGUCCCCCCAUCCAGAAACAAUCACCCACAGGUGACGCAUCAUCCUCAUUCUCUACCACUAGGCGGCGCUCCAAGAUGGCGGAAAAGAGUUGUCCAUGCCACACCCCUACCCCCGGGCUCAGUGUCUCCCCAGCCUUGAGGGGCCUCUUUGGGUGGGGCGGGCGGGUGCCCCUCGGUCCUCUCCUACCAGGCAGGCCCUACUGCCCUUGUGCCCCAGGCCAUGUCCCCAUUCCGCACCUCUUCCAUCCCACCUUCCCAUUUA